AUGGACUUUUUAAUAUGUGUAAUUGCUGGGGACCACGGUUGUGGCAAAACAUGUCUUUUAACUCUUUAUUCAUCUUCUGAAUUUCCAACUGAUUACAUUCCAACUUGCCAUGACGAUUACCACAAAGACGAAACGAUCGACUCUCAAACAGUCAAAGUCUAUUAUCAAGGUAGUGCAGGAUCUGAUGACUACGACUUUUUCAAUAAGACUCAUUUUUCACAGGCGGAUGCCGUGGCAAUUUGUUUUGCAAUUGACUCAAAAGAGUCGUUUGAAAGUGUUGAAAAGAAAUGGAAGCCCAAAAUUGACAAAUAUAAUCACGAAAAAAUUAAGACAGAAGCAGAAGAUUUGGCAAAGAAAAUAGGUGCUCAAAUAUAUAUUGAAUGCUCCGCCAAGGAGAAUAUUAACGUGGAUAAAGUCUUUGAAGAACUAGCUCGAGUAGCUCUAAAAGAAAGACCAAUAAGACAACAAAGAGAAGAGCGCGAAAAAAUGGAAUUUGAAGAAAAACUCAGAAGUGAACACCCAGAAAACGAAGAAUCUGAUCCUUCAGAUAAUGAAUAA